GAACAUAAAUUUUAAGUCUUGAUAGAUGAAAAGAGAGAAAAAACAUAUAUUGAAAGAAGUAUACAUACUCAACAGAAAUUUAUUAAUUUUGUGGUUAUGGCGAACAAUGGAGUCGAUGUUGAACACUCCGUAAGCUCGGCUUGACCUUUCUAAAGAAUAGAAGCCGUAUCGAAUGAAGUAUGGAAUUUGUUGCCACGAAACGACGUAAAUGUAGAAAGUGGAGAAAAAAGCGACAUUUGAGAAGAAAACGGAUGCAUGAUAUCAGUGAGGUUAGGUCUGGUAAACAUACGAGAGUUUUCUCAGAAUAUAUAAACAUCUUCAACGCACGUAAAACGUUAACAAUGGGAACAAUGUGUGCAGACGCUUUUUGGAAAAAUUACGCAGCAUCUCAGGAAUGGCAAAAAAAGCAUAACAUAACCUGGUGGAGAUCACGCUGCGUUGCUCUUGAAUAUGAAAAUGAAGUACUGCGUAAUAAACUGAGAUCCUUAGCUCAGCAGCAUAAUCAUUACAAUACUACAACUCAGAAUGAUAAUUAUCAUGAAGAUGAUAACGUAGAACAGGAAGAAGUAGAAUCUCAUUCAAAUACUGAAGAGUUUGAAUUUAAUAUUACUGAAGAUAUGUUGAAGUUUUUUGAGACAAGUGAGAGACACAGAAGAGAGCUUCAAGAAAAACGCAAAUAUUUCAAAAAGAAAGAAAUGCCUCAGAGAGAAACAGAAGAUAUCUCUGUUGUUGGUGGUGCUGAAAUUAUGAGUACCAAGAAAAAGGAAGCAGAAUCGUUAUAUGGUAAUGAUGGUCCUAAAAUAUUAGCUAUGGAAACUGCUAUACAAGCUACAUUGGAGAGGCACAAAGAUUUAGUGAAUCCUCAAUACUGGCCCAAUAUACCUCUCAAAUUUUAAAACAUUUGUAGAACUUUAGAAUGAGGUUUUAUUUCCGAACCUGUGAUGGAUUUAACUCAUAUUUUCAAGAAAAGAUUGUUAUGAACGGUAUAAAACGUGUUGUUAAAUGGUAUUUCAAACAAAUUUCAAGUUCACUUUUUUUUGUUAAAGUUGCACUAAGUUGCACUGAAAUUGUAAUUGAGCGGACAAAAAAAAGCACGUCUUACUCUUUACACUCAUUACACUAUUCACUACUUUUUUGGGAUCUGAAUAUAUAUAUAUAUAUAUAUAUAUAUAUAUAUAUAAACAAAGUGUCUUCCAAUGGAUUUUUGGUCGUUGAAAAAAAAAAUCCAGUAGCGAAAUUUAUCUACGACAUCAGGUUUCAGAGAAAAUUAAGGUUAAUUGUGCCAAAAUUGGCGUUUUUGAUCAUAUUUACUAUUUUUGUGUGGCUAAACUAAAUUUUGUUUGCAAUUUUACUUACUCCAAAUUGAAAUGUUAAGAACAACACGUGCAGAGAGAUCUGUUCAUAUUUAUUUUGAUAUAUAUCUGUAAAACAUAUUAUAAAAAUGUGAAA